GUGCCUACACGCUUGCCUUAUCUUCUCCCGUUCACCCCGCCGUGCGCGCGCGCCCCCGCGGCGACAACCGGGCGACCGCCGCCGACCUACGCCAGGUGCCAAGCCGUUCCUCAGUCCCAUCACGAGGCCUUCAACGAGCCCUUCGCCGGCGACGAGAAAAUUUGAUUCUAGUUAACUAUUCAAGAAGUAGGAGAUGAUGAGCUACUUCCAAACCACUACUUGCAAGCCUCAAAGCAGGGUCGUUGUGAACAAACCUAUACCAGGUCUUGGGAGCACAAGUCAGCAUCCGUUAUAUUCACAUGCUCUCAGAUUCCACAGGCUGCAACAGAAGGUGUACCCAAGGCUACUUCUCGUUGCUGCUAGCCACAAAAGGCUUACUCCUGUAUGUGUCUUAAGUGGAAAGGGAAAUGCUGGCACUGCUGAUGAUGUAAGUAGCUUCUAAGGCCUCCCUUUUAUGCUUGAUGUAUCCUAUCAAUUUAUCAUGCAAAAAUGCAUAGUUGUGUUCUUUUCUUGACACGAUUCCGGGUCUGUAAUGAAUACAUGCCAAAUGAUAGCGUUACCAUGGCUUCACUGCCAAUUACCAAAAUUUUGGUCAUGCAUAGGUUUUGUCCAAGCCAGUUGUUGGUAGGUUAGUUAGUUUAUGAACUUAAACAAAGUUGAUGCUUUGUCGGUGCCAAAAUUUAUGAAUGCCACCCCUUGGCAUUGUUGAAUUAAGGAAGACAUGCUUAGAAUGAUAUUUUUGUUUGCAUGUGCCAUACGCCGAUACUGUGUUAGAUAUUUAUUAAACUGAACUAAUGUAUGAUAUAUUUGGUGGAUCAAUGCAAACUUCUCUUGUCUCGCAUCAGAAUUGUCAUACUCCUUGAGGUGGAUUACGGGCCUGUUUGGUUCGUGGCUAACUGUGCCACACUUUUUCUAAGGUUAGUCGUCUGAAUUGAAGAACUAACCUAAGACAGAAAAGUUAGGUAAAAUAUUGCAAGUUAGGCAGCAAACCAAACAUGGCCUACGUUUGUUGUUUUUUGUAAGUCAUAAUCUGCUGGGUUAAUCUCAACUACUUAAAACUAUAUUUGCUUGCUUGUGCUAUGUAUUAGUACUGAUAUUGGAUGUUUCUGCUAUCGCUUGUGCGGCUUAAAUUGUAAAGUUAGUGUGAUAGGAAUCACAUUCAAUGGUACUUCUGCCUACGGUGAAUCUGGAAAGUUCCAUUACAACACUAGAAGUUAGGCUAUUCCAUCUUCUACCUCUGUUUUUUACAUGUUGUAUUUGUAUUAGUUUUGGCGUAGGUCAAACAUUUAUAUCUUUGGCCAUCAUUUUUUUUAAAAUGUAUAGGUUAACAACAUAAGAUUUAUGUUUUUAGAUUCACUAUGAAAAAUACUUUCAUAAUAUAUGGUUCACAUGUUGCAAAACUACAUAGUUUUUUUCCUGAAACUGAUGGUCAAAGUAAUGUUUGACUUAGGACAAACUUAAUACGGCUUGUAAAAUAAAUGGAUGGAGUAUGUUAGGCUACCUUAUCGAAUUUAAACAUGGAUCAAGGGUACAUAUUAGGAAUAGCUGGCUUGGUCAAGAAACCAAAUAUAUAGGAAAUGUUUCUGUCCCCAAAACAUUUACUUACAUUUAGUUCUGUUAAGGGCACGUUGAUACGGCUGGGACGUUUAGGGGAAUGGAUAGGGGAGAUUAGCAGAGCUUGGGACUGAGGGAUGGAGCAGAUUGGAUAGGGAGAUCGGCGAGAACAGCUACUAUCACCCACGACCGAUGAAGCCACGAUGACCAAAGCCCUCUCCGAAAGGAAAGCAACUUCUUCGAUGAAAUCCCUGCCUUUGAUGGAAUCUUUGAAGAAAGCUAUGGCUGAUGCAAAAAAGCCCAGGUCCAUACAAGACUUGCUGAAGGAGCAGGUGGCUAAACUCAGAGAACAAGCAUCCGGUGGAGGCGGAGGGAAUGGGAAUCGCCGUGGAGGCAGUGGUGGUUCUGGUGGCCCAGAUGAUGAGUCCUUCAAGGAAGCAUUGGAUGAAGUAGUCCAAGUUAUCUUAGCCACUGUUGCUUUCAUACUUGUGUACAUCCACAUAAUCAGAGGGGAGGAGCUUUACCGUCUUGCCAGGGACUACACCAGAUAUCUCGUCACUGGUAAGAGAACUGCCCGACUGAAGCGUUCCAUGCAAAAGUGGCACAACUUCUCCGAAAGCUUCAUGCAGAAGGAAGGCUCAGAAGAGGACCAAUAUGAGAAACCUACAUGGUGGCAACAGCCUCAGAAACUUGUGCAUCUUAUGGAGGAGCUUUGCAGGGGAAAUUGGCGUCCCCAUGCCCAGGAGUCGUAGUUGAUGGUGUACCAUCACGCCCCUCUUUUUUUUUUGACCCAUUGCAGAAUGCAAAAUAGGAACGUGGGCUGGUGCAGUGGAGUAAGGUCGCCUGGACCAGUGUUUUUUGUUGUUGUUCUUUAUCGGCUAUUUGUCUCUGGUUUCUUAAAAGUAUGUAGAGAGUGAGUGAAUUCGUGGCAUUUUUGCAGUUGAUGGGACCGUGUUUUGAGACUGUAACCUGCCAAUCAAACGUUGGAGAUACCUUUGCAUCUGGUCGAUCAAAA